AUGGUGGAUCAUUUGCUAAAAAAGAAAAUCCUCGAUGGAAAAUGUGAAAAUACGGGGGCGCCGAGCAGCAGCUCAAUUGGUUACGAUAGUGUGGCUCCAGAUUUUGCAGGAAGCAGUGAGAAAAGUUCGAGGCGCAGGUUUGUCGAAUCAAAUUUACAUUUUUAAAAUAUUCCCGAAUUUUUUUAGCAGCUCGUCCAGUCAAGAAUCAAAAAUCGUUCUCGAAGAGGACGAAGUCACCAUUUUGGAAAACACUGGUCAGUUUUAUAUUUUUUAAAAGAUUUUUGAGGAGAGGAAAUUUUAUUUAUCAAUAGUACAAUUGGAGCAUUUCUUGCUGCUCAAAAGCAAAAAAGUGUAAAGUGUAGAAUAGUGUGGAGAUUUGAGAGAUUUAGAGAUGAAAACAAUGUCCACACGAAUAUAUCUAUUCUUUUCGUAAAAAUGUUCCAAAUUCAAAACUUUUUCAUUUUUUUUUGGGUAGUAGCCGCCAAAAAUAUUGCGUUUCAAGGGUUCUCCAAAUAUUUUUUUGUUUCGUAUUUUUUUUAUUGCGCGCGGGAAAAAAAUGAAUUUCGUAAAUAAGAAAUAAAUAAAUCAAUGUGACUCAACCAACAUCUGCCAGUCUUUUCUUGUUAACAAAAAAUUGCGAUUUGAAACUUUCUAUAUGUAGUACACAAAAAAAUGAUCGAUUUUGUUUUUCAGUUUUUGCAAAAAAAAUUGUUUGUUGUUUUCAGGCCAGGCAGAGGAGAACAAAGAAAUGCAGACUUCUCAGGAUAUUUUCAACAAUCCGAAUGUGAGUUUUGAAAUGUUUGAAUUUUUUUGAGAAGUUUGAAAUUUGGCGGAGGAUUUUAGGGUAAAUUUUGAAUCGGAUAUUUUUUCGAAGGCGCUGAUCCUUGACGUGUGGUUCUCUAGGCCCGAUAACAUGACACAGUGGUUUUCUAGGCGCGAUACCUUGACACAGUGGUUCUCAAGGCCCGAUACCUUGACACAGUGGAUCUCAAGGCGCUGAUCCUUGAGGUUCUGUUCUCCAAGCGCGGGCCCUUGCCACAGUGGUUCUCUAGGCCCGAUACCUUGACACCGUGGUUUUCUAGGCGCUGAUUCUUGAGGUUCUGUUCUACAAGCGCGGGCCCUUGACACAGUGGUUCUCUAGGCCCCGAUACCUUGACACAGUGGUUCUCAAGGCCCGAUACCUUGACACAUUGGUUUUCUUGGAGCGGACCCUUGACACAGUGGUUCUCUAGGCCCGAUACCUUGACACAGUGGAUCUCAAGGCGCUGAUCCUUGAGGUUCUGUUCUCCAAGCGCGGGCCCUUGACACAGUGGUUCUCUAGGCCCGAUACCUUGACACAGUGGAUCUCAAGGCGCUGAUCCUUGAGGUUUUGUUCUCCAAGCGCGGGCCCUUGACACAGCGGUUCUCUAGGCGCGAACCAUUGACACAGUGGUUCUCUAGGGCGCGGAUCCUUGACAUAAUAGUUCUCAAGGCGCGGUCCCUACAUUAUUAGGUUUUCAAGAUUCGGCUACUAGACACCUAGGAUUUAUAGGUUCGGCUACUUGACACACAAGUUCUGAAGGCUCAAAAAUGGCCUUCAAGAUUCAGAAUUUAAUUUUUUGGGCACAAUUUUUAUCUUUGGAGACUACAAUCCUGUUUAGUCCGAGGUCCCAUUUAUAAAAUCCCGUAUUUCCAACCCCCCUCUCCCCCAAAAAUUUCCAAAACCCCAUAAAAAAUAAUCGGAUGACUAAACCAUGGUUGAUUGAUUUUUCCCGUCGCUCGCUUUCUGUUUCUCUGUAAUCUGAUACUUUCCUGAAAUAAAUUCUGAAAUAAAUACCUUUUUCCCUCCCUCAUCAUAAUUCUUUUUUGUCCGAAAAUAUUUAUGUUUAAAAGUGCUAAUAGAUAAUUACAUAGGGCUGUUUUACGGAUCAAUGAACCGUGUCGGAAGGUGUUCCCAGCUUCCCUUUACUUGGAAAAGUGUUGCGAGGGAACACUUUUCCAUAUUUAUUAUAAAUCUCUGGUUUUUUCCAGGUUUCAUUGAAUCCACAACAUAAUUCUGGCUAUUAUCCGGCUCCAAAUCAAUGGAAUUUACGAACUCAACAUAAUAAUAAUAUUAUGCCGGCUCAAGGAGAUAUUGAGGUAGGCUAUGAUUUAUGAGACUAUUUUUUUGCUUUGAGAAAAGCUGGAAAAGAGAGCUGAAAAAUAUGAUUCUUUGGGUUUUUCUCUUUUGAAAAUAUAUUUUUUUGAAGGAAAAAAUCUGGAAUAUUUUUGGAGAACUACUACUUUUUUGUUAUUUUUUUUGGAUUUUUAGCAGAAAUGAAAAAUAAUUUUCCACGAAUUUCCAGAAUUUUAAACAGAUUUCUGAAAGAAUUAAUUUUUUCUACAGAAUUUUUCAAAAUUAAAAAAAAAUUCCAGAAAGUUUUGAAAAUUUGAAUUUCAAACUUCUUGAAUUGUUUUUGGGUUAUUUUUCAGAAAUUCUUUUGACAUACUCGAUUUUAAUUUUCUUGGACUUCAGAAAAUUGAAAAAAAUGUUUUUUUCUGAAUUUUCAACAAUUUUGGGAAAAAAUUAUUUUUUUGGGGAAUUUCAAUAACGAAAUUUUUUAUCCCGACCUAUACAGAAAUAAAAAAAAAGUUUUUUUUGUAAAUUUCAGAAUUUUGAAGAAUAUCCUGAAAUAAUUUAUUUUUUGGGAAAAAAUGUUGAAAAUGAACUUUAAAAAUUUUGAAUUUCGAAAAAUUUAAAAUUCUUGAAGUGUUUUUUGGGUUAUUUUUUAGAAGUUCUUCUAGAUUUUUAUUAUUUUGAACUUAAGAAAUUUCGAAAAAAAAGUUUUUUCUGAAUUUUCAACAACUUUUGGAAAUAAUUUUUUCGGGAAUUUCAAUAACGAAAUUUUUUAUCCCGAGAAAUUAAAAAUUUUUUUUUAAUUUCAGAAUUUUGAAGAAUAUCCUGAAAUAAUUUAUGUGUUAGGAAACUUUUUGGAAAAGUUGAAAAUGAACUUAAAAAAUUUAAAAUUAAUUUUAAAAAUUUUGAAAAAUUUUAAAUUCUUAUUUUAAACAUCCAUUUUUUAUUUUUGCUGCAUUUUUUAAUUUAAAAAUUUGCUUUUUGUGUCAAUUACCCACAGUUCUCUCAAAUUCAUCAAAUUAAAAAAUUUCCAAAUCUCCACCCAACUCUAUUUUUUCCAGAUUCCCGAACGACGCGGCGUUGCCGCCCUCCGCCAAGUAAUCAACGAUCGACUCGAAAUGAAAACCCCAACUGGAGGUGUAAGCGCCUCAAACAACAAUAAUCGCCCCAAAACCCCACAGCAACCAACAAUUUAUUCCGAAAAACCAUCGUGGGCUGCAAAUGUCAAAGUAUACGAGCCAGAUGGAUAUGUCGAUCCACACGCCAAUAAAAAUAGUUUGGGUCGAGUUCUCGAUGGCCCAGUGGAGCCCACCAAAUACUUCCAAGGGGUUCCUCCACCAAGCUUCAGUAUAACUGGUCAUAAAAUCACUCCUCAACCAAUUGUGAGCAAACCACCAGCUCCAAGAACAUCUACAACUAUUCGAUUGCCUCCGGAAAUGUCACAACACACGUUUCGACCAACUUUUAUCGAGAAUUCUUCGAAUCAUGAAGAUAUUGAUGAUGGAGCAUCAAUGAUCUCAUCUUGUAUCUCAACAUUUGGAGAAUCUUCAGAAGUUGCAGCUUUGAGUGCAGCUGGAAGUCAAAGAUAUUUAUAUGAUCAAUAUAGAAGAGGACUUUUGAAUGAGAAAACGAUUCCAGAAGAGAUGUCAACAUCAAUAACAUCUACAAAAUCUGAAAUCACACCACCUGUCUCGAUUUUCAAUACAGAUAUUCAAUUAACACCGUUUGGACAGGUCGAUAAACCACGUGGAAGGUCGAGUUCAAUGGAUUUGGAAUCCUCAGAGCUUCUGGUGAAAUCUAAAUCUCCUGCACCAUACAAUUCUCAAUCUGCGGAUCAUUUUGGAACAAUCCGCAGAAAACAUACACCGGUUAGGAUGGAAGUUACUCCAACUCCAACCGAGCAAGCAGCGCCAGUUGAGCAACGAAAUUAUGAUAGUGGAUAUGAGGGAUCGAAUGCGAUUUCACCGGAUACACAGGCGAAUUUGGAUAAAGCUCUUUCGGAAGCUUUUGAGUUGGCGUCGUCGUUGUCUUCUUCGAUUAAUUUGCCGAAUGAAAGUGAGUUCGGGAAUUUUUAGGAAUUUGGAAAAAAAAAUUUGAAAGAUUGAAUAUUAUUUUCGGGAAAUCAGGAAUUUUUUAAAAGUUCAAAAAAAAAAUUUUUUUUGAAACACAUUUUCCAAAAAAAAAACAUCCUGAAUUUUCAUGUAAAAAAUUCCAAAUUAAAAAAAGUUCCAAAAGUUGUUACAACUUUUUUACGGAAAAUUUUCAGACUUUGAAACAAAUUGUUUAGAAAAGUUUUACAUUUCAAAUAGCCUCUGAAAUUUUUUCCAAAAAAAGUUCCAAAAGUUCCAAUACAAUUUUUUUCGGAGCAUUUUUUCGGGAUUCAAAAAAACCAAAAUUUUCUAGAAUCAAAGUUCAGGAGAUCUUUCAAAAAAAAUGAUUUAAAUUUUUUUUCGAGACAAAAUUUUCAAAAAAACAUCCUGAAUUUUCAUGUAAAAAAAUCGACAUUAAAAAAGGUCCAAAAGUUGCUACAACUUUUUUUUACGGAAAAUUUUCAGAAUUUGAAACAAAUUGUUUAGGAAAGUUUUACAUUGAGAAAUUGUUUCCAAAAAAGUUUCGGAGCACUUUUUCCGGAUUCUAAAAAAACCAAAAUUUUCACCCAACCUUAUUUUUUUCCAGGCUUCAUGACACCUUCCUCUUCUUCGCUAAACAAUGACCGACCUGAAAGUGAGUGCGCAAAAAUUCAAAUAAAUAAAUUUAUUUAUUCAAAAAUGUAGCAUCAUAUGUUUGCAAUGUUUGCAGGCUUUAUAAUAUCUUCGCCCUCCUCUCAUACGCCCCGCCUUUCACAACAAGAAAAUAUUGGAAAUUGCAAUAUUGUUGGUUCACUCCAAGACUCCAAGACUCAACCAACUUCUGAUCUACUUGAUGUUGGCUCGAUGCCAAAAAGACAUGAGCCCGAAAUGUCGCAAUGGUAUCGACAAAUGUUCAAACAAAUGCAUAAGACGGGUGUCGAUGAGCCAAGAGGUGAGCAUAUAUUUGUUUUUGAAAUAUAAAAAUUCAUAUUUUUGUUUUGCUUGAGACAACAUUUUCUAAUUUCAAAAUUCCAACUAAAACUUCUACAUUUAACAAAAUUUUUUUUGUGCUUCCGCGCCUUAUUGACAAACUAACACAAAGAGUACACAAUGUACUCUGAAGUGCUAAAUAACUAAUAAUUUACACAAAUAUUGUACAUAUGGGCCCUUUUUUUUACCCAGAAAAAAACACAUAAUUUUUUCAUUUGCUCAGCAAUUUGAUAUCCUUUUUUAAAGGGUGUCAUGAGGAAACUUUCUAUUUUUUUUCAUUUUUCGAAGAAAAUUGCUCAAUUGUCCGAACACUUUAUUCUUUCCAGCAAAAAAAAGAAGUAUUUUUUUUUCAAAAAAAAAAAAAAUAAUCCCCCCCAAAAAAUUUUCGCGGAGAGUUUAGAGAAAAUAGAUAAAUUUGUGUACAUGCUUGAGGUUUUGCGCGCAGCCAAAAAGAAGAAGCACAGUUUUGAUAUUUGUAAAUAUAUAUAUAUAUAUCGAACUAUAUAUUAUUUUAUUGGUAGUUAUUGAUUUUGUUCUCGCAAAAAAUUGUUGGAAUUUUUGCAUUUUCCACUGUUUAUUUUUUUGAGAGAAAAAACAAAAAAGUUUUUUGUUUGUCGAGAAAAAUGAUGGAAUUUUCAGGAGGUGGAGAACAUUUGGACUUGGCAACUAUUUCACAAGGUUGGUUUUUUUAUUAAAAAAAAUUUAAAAAAAAGGAUUUUUGAAAGCUCGAAAAAAUUCAUGUUUUCUGGCUCUCAAUAUUUUUCUCCAAGAAAAUAAAUAUAAAAUUCGUGAUCUACAAGAAAUUCUGACCCUGGAACACUAUUUAUUCGAAGAAAAAAAAAAUUUAAUUCCACUAGCGGGCUCGAACCCACCACCUCUUGAUUGCUAGAUGAACCUCUAACCAAAACCUCCCCCAUUAUUCUGUGCAAGGGAAUCUAGAAGCUAGAUACCUCAAACGCGUCAGCAAAUCUAGCAGCUACCAAAAAAGCGUCAGCAACAUUUUUUUGGAUUCUUGAACAGGUGCCAAAAUUAUUUUUUUGAAAAAGGAAAACAUGUGUAAAACAUCUGGUAGUCAAAAAAUCUAGACUUUUUAUUUGGUAGUACUAAAUUCUAACCAAAAUUUGAAUUUAUCUACCGAAAAAUGUCUGAAUUUCAACAGCCAAGGUUUUCAAGAGGUAUCUCGCUAAACUUACCAUAACUCACUUCCCCCAUUUCCAGGCCGAGUAACUCCGCAAAAAGUAGAAGUUGAGAUUGAACCACGUCGUGCAAGAUCAGUUGGACGAGUUGUUGAACAAUCAGAAGGUAAGAUUUGCACUUUUUCAGUAGAAGCCCUCUUGAGGCAGAAAUUCAAUUUCCGUUUUUUUCGUCUUGAGUGAGUGAUUUUUCGCCUGGUUUCACUUACUACUUUUUUCUUAUUCCCUUUUUGCCUGAUUUUUUCGCCUAACUUGUGUGAUUUUUCCAUUGAUCUAACAGAAUCAACAAAUCGAUUUGCACUGGAGCGUUCGAAAACUUCUCACUUCCAUCUUCCAUCCUAUAAAUUUCAACAUGAAGAUCCGCGGCCGAUUCGAUGUUCCAUGAAAAAAUGCGAGGGUUUUCCGUGUAUGAUUUGUGGAAGACCGAGAAGAGAUCCGAGUUUUGAGGAUGUUGAUCGGAUGUAUUUUGAGAUGGAGAAAAAAGGUGGAGGGAUGAGAGAAGAGUGCAGAAGAAAAUGGGUGGGUUUGUGAAAAUUUUGAACUGAAAAACUUUGCUUAAAAUUUUUCUGAAUAUUUUGUAAAUCAAAUUUUCUUCACAAUCUGUCCCCAAGUUUCCCCUACUCCCCCGAAUGGUUUGAAGUGCCUAACCCAACUAAAAAAAUUCCAGAGUUACGUCAAGUUACUGACAAGUUAGAUGAAACAACCCGCGAGUUGGAUCAUUUUUAUCGAAAGUCUUCAGAGAACUUGGCAACGCUCCAAAUCCCAGCCUGCGAUUCGUUUAACAAAUCAAAGUUUGUCUACUAACCAAGAUGAUUCUAAUUACAGUAAUCGCAACAAAAAACCAGAAAAACUUUCCAGGAUCACCAUCAAAUCUUGCGUCAGAAAUCGAAGAUUUGAAGAGGAUAUCUCGAGAAAAAGUUCUGAUUCGUCAAAAAGCUGAAAAACUCACAGACGAGUUACAAAAAGAGAAAGAAAGAAAACACAAUUAUAUUCCAUCAUCAGCUCCUUCCCUUCAAAAUAAUAUGGAUAGAUUCGAAGGUUUAGUUAACAAUUAUUCAACUACUGUAAAUCCCCGACAAUCUGCACCGCCAACAACUACAACAGCUACAGUAAUCUAUCGAUUUGAUGGUAGAUCAAAUCGCGAAUUAUCUUUGCUGAAAGGUGAUAUUGUAAGGAUUAUCAGAGAGGUUGAUUCACAUUGGUUGGAAGGAGAAAGAAAUAGGAAAAUUGGGAUAUUUCCGGCUAGUUAUGUUCAAAUUGAUAGUGAAUAUGAUAAUAGAAAUCGACAGAAAAUGAGAGCUAUUUACCCGUUUACUUCGAGAAAUUCCAAUGAGCUUAGUUUGAAAAAGGUUAGUCCGGGGAAAUUUUUUUAAAAAUCCAAAAAAAAUUUUUUUUUAAAUUUCAGGGUGAAAUUAUUACAUUCCGCCGGGAAAUUGAUCAAAAUUGGAUGGAGGGAACAAAUCAAAUUGGAACUAUUGGUAUCUUCCCAUCUUCCUAUGUUAGACUUAUUUCAAUUGAACCACAACCCCAAGACACAGUAGUUAUUCCGGAUAGACCAAAAACCCCGAAAAUUAAUCAUGAAGAGCCGACAACAACGCAUAAAGUUAGAUUUGAAAAUGAGCCAAGGAUACAGAAGGAUGAUUUUAGAAGUAGGCAAGAUGAAAUUAUUCAGAAUAUUUUUCAAGGUAUGUUGAUUGAAUAGGGAAUCAUGAAAUAUAAAAUGAGGUUUUUGUAGAUUCCAAAAGUUCGUGUAUGGAAUAUCAGCGGAAACCGGAAUAUGCAACAGAGCAAAAUUAUCAUAGAAAACAACCGGAGGCGGCGACGGUGAUUGAGAAACCGAAAAAUGAUAUUCGAACAAAUGCGGCGGCUGUUAUUCCGAAAGGAUCGGAAAUGUGAGUUUUGAAAUUUAUUGCGAAUAAAAAUUCUAGAUUCAAAUUUGUGUUCCAGAGCUCCUGAAAACUUAUUUUUAAAAUUUAAAUUUUGAAAAUCUUUUUUUUAAUUCUACAUAGCUUCUAAUUUUCAACUUUGUCCGAAAAAUUUUGAGAAUCCAUGAAACAUUUUUUUAAUUCAAAAAUUAUUCCAAACCUCAAAACCAAAUGAAUUUUUCUAUAGUUAUUUAGAAAUUAAAUGAAUCUGAACUCCAAGUUUCCAAAUUUCUAGAUUCCAUUUUGAGUUCGAGAGCUCCUGAAACAUAUUCAAAUUUUGAAAAUGUUUUUUUUUGAAUUCUACUUUCUAAUUUUCAACUUUGUCCUUGAGAAUCCACGAAAUAUUUUUAGAAGUUCAAAAAAUUAUUCCGAAUCUCAAAACCAAAUAACUUUUUCUGCAGGUAUCUAGAAAUUAAAUAAAUCUGAACUCCAAGCUCCGAAAAUUCUAGAUUCAAUUUUGUGUUCAAGAGCCAGAGCUCCUGAAAAAUAUUUAUCAGAUUUUUAAAAAUUUUCAAAAUCUUUUUUUUCAAAUUCUAGUGUCUAAUUUUCAACUUUUUCCGAAUUCAAAAAUUAUUCCAAACCUCCAAAAAACCCAAGUUUCUGCAGGUACCGCGCCGCAUUCGCCUAUCGUCCUCAAAAGAAGACGAACUCGAACUUUUCGUCAACGACAUCAUAUUUGUUGUCGAAAAAUGCGAUGACGGUUGGUUCAUCGGAACUUCUCUGCGAUCUGGAGAUUUCGGAAUUUUCCCCGGUAAUUAUGUGCAACGCCAUUAGGAAUUCAAUUUGUUUUUUUUCUUUUUUUUCUUUUUCAUAUACAUAUCCCGGUCUUGAAUCAAGGUUCAUUGA